AUGUCACAACAAGAAGUCGAUCUCACUUUCGAAUCCUUCACGGAAGGCACCACUCACUUACAAAACAGCCACUAUCAACAAGCCAUUGAUUGCUACACCAAAACGUUGCAUCUCCUCUCCGAUCCAAAGGAAGAUGAUUCCUCAUACGAAUUGAAUAUUCGAACCAAGACACAUUUUUACAAGGGAUUGGCUCAUUUCCAUUUGUCACAAUUCACACAAGCCAUUCAAGAAUUUUCAACAGUGGAUACCAUUCUUCAAAAUUAUGAAUCAUCAAAACAACAUCAACAACAUGAUGAAGAAGAUCCAGCCACAGUCUUGGCUUCCCUCUUUCCCACUCGAAUUAAAUCUCUCGAAUAUUGGGCUCGGAGUUUACACAAACCCAAUCCUUCAUCACAAGUUGGGACCGAGGUCGUCAACAAAGACCAACAAGCACUGCACUUGUAUUCUCGUGCCAUUGACAUGUUGAAGAAGACUUUUGACAGCACCACCACCUCGUCCUCAAUGAUACCUCGCAUUCACACCUUGUACAUGUCACGAGGACUUCUCCAUAGUGAUCUCAAGCACUUCCAAGAAGCCAUUCAAGACUUUUCUAGAUGCCUUCAAGAAUUGUCUUCUCCCGUUAUGGAGACUAUUCCAAAUCAGGCAUUUCAAAAAUUUACGGCGCACCACAAUCGCGCCAUUGCGUACGAAAGCUUAAAAAAUUCAGAACAAGAAGCCUUAGAGGAUUAUUCGAAAGCGAUUGAAUGUUUGGAAUCAGGAGAGGUUCCGAAUCGAGAGGCUCUUCUCUCAGAGAAGGAGAGUGAGGCUUUGAAUACGUACUUGUAUCGGGCUCUUUUAUUGUACAACAUGACAAGUGGUGGUAAGAAGAUGGGAGGAAAUUCAUCGAGUUCAGCCAUUUCAACCAUUCUCAAUGAUUUACAUGUGGUAUUGAAAUAUAAUCCUCAUCAUUUGGUGGCCAAUCAAAUUGCUGCUCAAUUGUCCUAUGAAGCCAAAGACUAUGAAAAAGCUCGAGACAGUUAUUCUCGAUUAAUUUCAAUUUGUAAAAAGCAAUCUUCAUCAUCGGCUGCUCGUGAUGAAUUGUAUUCCUAUCACUUUAAUCAUGGAAUGUGUUGUAAAUUUUUGGGUGAUGAGUUGGGAGCUCUUGAAGACUUUGAAAAAACCAUCGAAUUGAAUGAUGAAUACUUUAAGGGAUUUGUGGAAUUAGCUCGCUUGAGAAAAGUAUCGAAACGGGAUGAUGACACAAAGGAAAUGAUUCAAUUGUAUGAUAGAGCCAUUUCCUUACUAGAGAAGAAUAAGGUCAAAGAGGAGGAUUUACCAAAUAACAAGUCCAAAGCUGCUCUCUAUUUCGAAAGAGGUGUGUUGCAAAGCAAAAUUGAGGAGUAUGAAUCAUCUGUACAAGAUUUUACAAAGUGUUUGCAGAUUGAGAAUGACCAUGUGGAUGCCUUGUUCAAUAGAGCAAACAUCUAUCGAACACAUUUGAAAGAGUUUUCCAAAGCUCUCAAAGAUGCAGAGACUGUCUCUAAAUUGGACCCUAACGAUCUGGAGGCAAUGAUGGAAGUUGGAUUGUGUUUGUUUGAGCUCGACAAGAUUGAUCAAGCAAAGAAACAAUUUGAAAAGAUUUUACAAAAAGAUCCACAUCAUGAAGGUGCCAAGAAUUAUUUGGAUUAUCUCAAUGAUGCUGACGAAAAUGACGAAGAAUAG